AUGUUUGCUGCUGCUACCAAAAACUUUGUUAAGCAGGUUGGUGACAGUGGGAGAUUAGUCCCUGUUCCUAGCCUCAGUGAAGCUGACAAAUACCAACCUCUGAGUCUUGUUAUUAAGAAGAGAAAAUGUUUUCUUUCAAAAAAAUCUAAAUUUGCUUCGACACCUUUCACCCUAAAAGACAUUCUUCAGGGAGAGAAAGAAAUUUCAGCUGGUGUUUCAUCCUAUCAACUGUUGAAUUAUGAAGACAAAUCAGAUGUUUCACUCUAUGGUAGACGAGGAAAUCAGAUAAUGAGUGAUGUUGGAGUCAAUAUUGCUGGAUCAGAUUCUGUUGCAGUGAAAGCUUCAUUUGGUAUAGUGACCAAACAUGAGGUUGAAGUACCAACAUUACUUAAAGAACUUACUACUAGAAAAAUUAACUUUGAUCACUGCCUAGUCCGACAAUCAAGAGAAAGUAGGAAAGCGGUUCUGUGUGUGGUCAUGGAAAGUAUUAGAACAACACGGCAAUGCUCAUUAUCUGUGCAUGCUGGUAUGCGUGGGGAAACAAUGAGGUUUCAUAUUAUUGAGGACCAAAAUCACAAGGGACGAGACAAAGCUAUUGUUUUUCCAGCUCACACAACUAUUGCAUUUAAUGUAUUUGAACUUUAUAUUCACUUGGAUGGUAAUUUUGAGUUCUGUGUCACUCCAGUUUCAAAAGGAGGAUUUGAAAAAGAGCAAUCUGAAUCAUUUUCACUGAACAAAUUAAGGAGGAAUCUGUUCCACCGAAAUAAAAGGGUAAUGGAUAUCAUUGCUAAUUCAGAUGCUUACUUGGAGGACAUUUUUACAGACUAUUAUGAAAAAGCUGCAAGAAUGACUGAUAUCUCUACAAGCUUUCUCAGAGAAGGGUCUCAUAUCCGGGUUAAUUUACUUAAUAACAACAUCCCAAAAGGUCCUUGUGCCCUUUGUGGAAUGGGAAAUUCUAAAAGAGAGACAGUCUAUGGAUGCCUAGAGUGUUCUUUUAAUGGACAAAAGUAUGUACGACUGCAUGCUGUGCCCUGCUUUGAUGUCUGGCACAGGAGAGUGAGAUAAAUGAUCUAUGGGUGUGACUAUGGUUAUAGACUUCAGUGUAACUGUGCCACAAAAUUUCCAAAA